AGUAGAGAGCAGGAUCCUAGAUCCCCCAAUAAUACCUUUGAUCAGUCAACACAAAAGGUGUUUAUGCUGGCUCCGCUUUUAGGCAGUGCCUAAAUCUAUAUAUUUUAUUUUAAGCAUAAACAAAUCUAUCAUUUGGAGCAAUGUCAAGAUUGUAAUGAUCCGAGCUUUAUAGAAGAUGAAGGAUAGUGUAGGUUGGAUAGCGGAAUAGUGUACUCCAAGCGUAGUGAUUGAAUACUGUUUAUUGAUAGUCGAGCUAAGGCUUAUACGUGAUUACAAAUGGGUGCGGUUUUCUAGUAUUGAUUACAAUGUCAAUCAAAUAAUACAAUAGGCUAAUAUCAUUACAAAGAUGGUCAACUAUCUCGUAAACAUUAGGCCAAGUAAGAAUAAAAACAAGUUUAUCGUCCUAGGGAGCAUGCGGCCCUUUUAGUUAUUAUUUUUUAUUAAUUUUUUCUCCCUGGUUUAUCAAAGAUUUGUACGAUUUACCAAGGAAAUUUUCGCGAUGUUGCGAACGGGUGAAAAAAAAUCGUCAGAAAAGCCUUGAAACGGGAACGUCUGCCUGUAUUUCAGUGCCCGGGCACCGCUAACGCACGAAAUUUGAGCUUCUGAGGAACAAACAAUCAAAAAAGCAGCAGAAAUAACUAAAUAAAAAAUACAAAUAAAGUUGAUGCGGCCUUGAAAAAGGAUGCGGGCGGGGACGAUAAACAUAUCUUUUUUUACUUGGCCUUAACAUAGAAAUGUUAUUUGACACUCUCCCCUUUUCUCCUCAGACGUUAAGAUGAGAAAUCUUUCAUUUGGAAGUGCGUCUGCAGUGUUCUUGGCUUGCGGCAUUCUCCUACUCAGCCAUGCUCAAUCCGAUCAGUGCACUGGAAACAAUCUAAGCCUCUCCAUGAAAAGCCGGCUGGAGUGCGGGAUAUUCCAGACAGUGCUGACCAACCGAACCGGAUGCAUACGGACAUGUCUGACAACCCUGAAAUGUUUUUCGUUGAAUUUCUACCGAAGUUUGACAAACGGCUCAGAGAUCUGCUAACUAGUGGAUGAUGUGCAGAAAAAAUAAAAUACAUGGAUGUAUGAAAAAGCACCACGGAGACCACACGGAAAUCGAGGAUUACAAGCCGUGUCACCCACUAAAAAAGUGCAAGUUGUUUACACGCAAAGCUCUCGACGAUAAUUGGUACCAGCUCGGGUCCAAGAAGUUCAAGGCAUUUUCCAAGCAAAAGACCUGGGAGAAAGCUCGGGCAGCCUGUGGCGGUAUAGGCGCCAGCCUCGCUUCGGUGACUAAUGAGAUUGAAAGUCAGCUGAUUGGUCAAGUGAUGUUGUCUCUUAUCAAAAUUGAUGUGAAGGAGACGUUUUCCCCAAUGGCUUACUGGAAGCUAGAUGGAACAGACCCCCCAUCGUCUGGCUUGAGACUUGCUGGCAAUGUGGAGUACGUCCAAGACGAGGACAUCAAAACCACCGUUCUUUACUUCCCCGGCACUCCAGGCGACUACGCCACCACACCUCGCUACGACUUCAGCUCCAUCAGCGUGACCAUCGCCAUGUGGGUCAAAGCGUUCGAGAUGAACAACACGUACCUCUACUCGUACUGGGACAGGGGAAAAUACGUUUUCCGCCUCGAAAUGUCAAGACAUAAAAACUUGGUAUUCACUUUGUUCGGAAGCGCUACUUCUAUCAGCGGAGGAUCCCUUAUUCUAAACAAGUGGCACUUCAUAGCCGGAGUCUGGAACAAGGAUACGUUAGACGCCAGUAUUUUCAUAGAUGGCGUCACAGUCAAGCAGCAGAACAUGGCGGGUGAAAGCGUGCAAUCCAGUGCUGGUGUUACGGAAUACUUCAUCGGAUGGAGAAAAGACGCUGGGUACCCAAUACAUGCACGCAUAGCCCAUUUGAUGCUGUUCGACAAAGCGAUUUCAACAGAGAGAUUGAAUCUGGUUCAAGAAGCUACUGACGGCAAAGAAGUUUGGCUUGGUCUUAAUGACAAGACAACCGAAGGAAACUUCUUCUGGCAAGAUUCUGAGCCUGCAAGCUACCAAAACUUCGCCCCAGGCUGUGUAGUUGCGAGGGACUCGGACGAGGGAAAGUGGGCAGACACCUUGUGUGACGUCAAGCGUCCAUACAUCUGCAUGAAACCAGCGUGAGAUUGCAAGCAAAAACCAGCGAAUUUCAACAUGAACCUAAAAAAUAAUUUGGGGAAUUGUACAGCAGGAUUAAAAACGUUGUGAUAUUAUGGCAACAUUGCCAAAUUAUGAGGCUUAUUUUGUUUUCAAGACUCUACAGUCCAACCUUUUCACAGCUGUUUAGGUUUAUUCUGAAUAUUGGAAUAUCUUUAUAUUAUUUUAGGCUUUACCCUUAUAUUAUUGUAGGCUUUAUCCUUUUAUUAUUGUAGACUUUAUCCUUAUAUCAUUGUAGGUUUUCUCCCUAUUUUAUUUCAGGCUGUAGCAAUUUAAUGGAGCUGUUUUUAUACUAGUAUCCGUUAUAUUUUAGUGAAACUACCGGAGUUUGUGCUGCCCGAAUUGAAAUCUAAUUUCCUGGUAGUCAUGCGUCACAAAAUUUGGAUCAGGAGACAA